GUUUAGUUUCACUUCCGCCUUACGCUGCUGCCUGUAGCCUGUGUUAGCAUCUUAAAAAAAAAAAGCACACACUUCAGGCGUCCUCCAAGAAAACCUGUUAACUGUCCUGGACAACAAAAAUAAUAAUAAUAGCGUAAGCUUAGCUUUCCGAAAUCCAGCAAGGUUUAAUUGAUAUGGUUUGCACGAUACAAAUUCGGGUUGGUGCUAAUUAAGUGAACCAGGAAGCGACGUUAGCGUGAGGAAGCUCAUUGCAACUUAUUCUGGCUACAAUUUAAACAGCCAGCUCGUAUUAAACAGGAAACAGACGGGUCCCCCCCACUGGUUUACAGCAAAAGAAGCCAUGAAGCUUUUCAGAAUUGCCAGACGAGGUUACGUCUUGUUGUGGGCCCUUUUGGCUCAGCUGGUGCUUUGUAGAAGCGGUGUGUUCGCUGGGGACGGCACCAAGGCCUGCGUACUGGCCCACGAAACGGCGUCUGAAAGGAAGGUCCUUGAUCGACUUGAGCCACUGGCCUUCAAGAACCUGACGGUGGAGAGCAAAAACGAGAAGGAUAGCUACACGUACGUGUUCCAGCUGUGCGGAGACGCAGGGGGUGUUCCCGGAGCCGGGGUCAUUCAGAAGAACAUGAAAACGCCGGAAAAACCGAUUGUGACAAAUAUUGGCUCAUAUAAAGCGACCAAGGCCAUCGGAGGCAGUGACUGGGUGAUGCUGAUCUACGAACAAGGCGACAAAUAUGAUAGCCACUGCCAAAAGGAAGCCAGAAAGGCCAUUAUUAUGAUCUCCUGCAGCAAAAACACAGAUGUGGGUGCGUUGGAAGUGAUCCUUGAAGAAAAUGAAAGGGACACUGAUUGCUUUUACCUCUUCGAGCUGGACUCCAGUGCCGUGUGUCCUCCUGUUGAAUCCCGGCUCAGUGCUGGCUCCAUAAUACUCAUCAUCAUUUUCUGCCUUGUGGCGGUUUACCUCAUUGGAGGUUUCCUCUACCAGCGGCUGAUUGUCGGAGCCAAAGGGAUGGAGCAGUUCCCUAAUUAUGCUUUCUGGGUGGAAGUUGGGAACCUUACAGCGGACGGCUGCGACUUCGUGUGCCGCUCGAGAAACCGAGACGAAGCUCCAGCUUACAGAGGAGUGACCACCGAUGCUUUAGAGGAAGAGCCAGAAGAGAGGGACGACCACUUACUACCUAUGUGACCUUAGUAUGUCAGGAACGUGACAUACAGAUUCCCUGUGUGCGGCGGGUUACACUUUGCAAGCUUAGAUAAAGUUGCUGGUGCACACAAGUUUGUUUUCUUUACCUGGAUUAAGUCAGUCCCCUGUUGAAACCUUGCUUGUAUUCUAGACUUGUGCCUCCAAGAAGGACCUGGUACCUAAAAGGCAGAUGGUCGUGUCUCCUUUCCUACACAAAACAUUUCAGCUUCAAUUGUACAUCACACAAAAGAGUGGUUCACACAUUAGACAUAUUUUUUUUUUUUUUUUUUAAAGUGAGCAGUCUGUGGAAGUCUUACGUAAAAGGGAAGACAGUAAUUUCCAUGUGACACAAAUUGAGUGGUAACCAGUGUUUCUGCUUAACUGAUGACGGAUGUUGUCUGAUUGCGCAAGCAGCACCGAGCUGUUUCUCCGUUUAGUUAGUGCUUUACUGCAGGCUGCACAAGAUAAGUGUCUAUGCUUGUGUAAACGGCGAGUUUGACCGAAUCGUGAAUGUACAUUUUCCGCUCUGAGUACAGUAGGAGAGUACAGCCUUGCUGCACAUGUAGAGAGCAGUGCAAAAAAAAACAAAAAACAAAUCUUAUGCAAAUCUAUUAGUCUAUUUUAUGUUUUAGUUCCCCCCCCCCCCCUUAAAGUACAAAGAAAGGUUUUUACGUAUGUCAUAUAUUUUGUUCAAUAGUUAUCACUGUAAGCCGACAGUGACAGAUUUUACAUCUAAAAGGUCAAAAAGGUGUAUAUCAUUUAUUUAAAUUAAAUUGUUCUCCAACUUAAUGGUGAAGGAUAAUUCAAAACUGUUUAUAGAGCACCGACCAUAAUCUUUCGCACCCCUGAUACAGAUGUGUAAAAAAGGAAAAGAAAAAAAAAAGCUAAAAAUGAAUUUAUACUUUAUUACAGAACUAUAAUCCUGGUAGAAUCCAACAUUUUAUCCAAGCACAUUUAUUCAGUUUAUAAAUUUUUAACUAAAUCACCAGUGACUCAAUAAGGGGUUAAACUGUAAGUUUCUGUUAAAUAAAUUAAACAUUUACUUUUUAAAGCUGAUCAGAGGCACCCUUUAGUAAUGUUAUUUUCUAUAAUGCUAUUAUAUGUAUAUGUAGGACUCCUGUAAUUUAUGUUGCAUGCGUAGAAUUCAGGUGAAUGAUGAGGAGGGUGGAAGAAUUCCCAAAGAUGAGUCUUAGAUGACAAUAAUAAGGUGUCGUUAGUCUGUAUAAAAACCAUUAGACGCUGGCUACAUGCCAGACUUUUUUUUUUUUUUUGUGUGUGUGUGUGUGUGUUGAAAUAUUCCAGAGAACAAGCCUUUCCUAUCAUACCAUCACAAAUGUAAACGUGGGUAUUGCAGAUCUCUGCUGGGACCUUAACUGGAACUGUGUGCUUUAUUCAGAUUAGAGUAAAAUGAAAUGCCCACUAUUAAGUAUGGUGGAGGAACUGUGAUGCUGUGGGCCUGCUGUUACACAGUCCUACCAUGCACUUCGUUUGGGUGCAUGAUAUCACAAACUCUUUGAAAUGCCAUGUAAUUUAAAAUAAAACAUCUGGUGGCUAAGAAUGGGUUUUCCUCGUCUCUUACAGCAGGAAAUUGAUCAGUGGCGGCUCUCCCAGCAGGAAAGCCGAGAGAUGUCUACUCAGCUGACUGCAUACCCCUGAAAGCAAUAAAAAAAACUUGUUUAGGCCACAACUAAAGGAUUAUUUUCUUUAUUUUUUUUAUCUUGCGCCCAUGCAGCUCUCUUUCUAAUGUGGCCAUUUGCAAAUGCUUGAAUUGGGAACCACUCAUAUGGCCAGUUUAAAAAAAAUCCAAUGAUGCUGAUGAGACAAGAUUUGGCCAAAUAAACACAGAAGUGGUUUACCAGACAAAAGUCACCUUGGCCAUCUCAGCUUCUAGGCCUAAUGCCUUUAGCAAAACUGGAGUGAGCUGAAAACGUAAAAGAAAGGCCGCGGGAGUCUGGAUGAUCUGAAAUUGUGUAAAAAGGAUCUGACAAUGCCCCGAUUUUGUGAAACUUUAGAGACAAGCGCUUUUCUGUUGGCAGAGUAUUCACUGCAGGCCUACUGAUAAUUGUGUCACUGGUUAAUUUUGUUAAAAAGUUAUAAGAAUUUCUCUACUGAAUAAAUGUUCUCGGAUUGAAGUUCAUCCAUCCAUCCAUCCAUUUUCUGACCCGCUUAAUCCCUCAUGGGGUCACGGGAGUUGCUGGUGCCUAUCUCCAGCGUUCACUGGGCGAGAGGCGGGGUACACCCUGGACAGGUUGCCAGUCUGUCGCAGGGUGGAUUGAAGUUCAUAUGAAUCUUAAUAUUUCAAUGUGAAAUUGCUAAUGUGAUAAAAGAUUAAUCCGUUUACAGAGUUUUUACCAAUCUCUAUCAGUGGUGCCAAUAAAUGGCACUGUAUAUGAUAUCCUCCAUUAACUGAAAUGUGGGUAUACUGUCUAUUAUUGUAUUUUGAUAUUAUGAAUGAAAAUUAGCUGCACCAAUGUCCAAUACUCAGUGUUUGGACUCUUUCCUGACUGCUGAAACUGUAAUUGUUAACCUAAACACCAGAAGCAGUUGUACAGUUACCUACUUUUAUUUUUCUGUUCACUUGCGUUUGACCAAAACCUUCUUGCUGCAGUUUUUGCUUCUAUUGUAAAACGUAUGGACUGGCAGUGAAAGCACCUUUCUUUACUCUUUAUUACUAUAAUAUAGUUGUAAAAUGUUAUUUUUGAGGAUAUCAUUCAUAAGGUUUAUAAGAUUUUUACAUACAUUUAAAUAUAAACAAUGUUGAAGACUAAAGUAGGGUGUUUCUGAGUUUCACCACAUAAGUUAGUAAAAGUAGGUGGAAACAAUGACAUUUCCCUGCUUUAUUUUGUAUCUGUCACAAUAACGUUUACUUGCAUUCACUUAUUUUCCUUUGUUCUGUGAAUUGUCUCCCAUAUUCUCUGAUGAAAAAUGGUUUCACUUGUGUUUGAAGUAAAUAAAAAUGCAUCCAGGUCUGA